GUCGCUGUAUUAUAUCAUAAAAUCCAGAAGUCCGACGCGCUCCGAAAAUUACAGGGAGGCAACAAAGAAAAAAGUGUGUAUAUAGUCGUAGUGUGGGUGUGUAGAACCUAUUUCAUCGUAUAAUAUAUAUGUACAGUAGUGUGAGUUGCCUCUCUACAGUAGACAGUACUCCCCCUCCCUUCUUUUUUCCUUCUUUCAUUGAAAGAGCCGCGGAGCGCAACGGCAGAUGUGAAAGUCCCUGCAGUCGGUUCCUUGCGCCGUAAGGCGUACCUUGUGUGUAUAUAUAUACGUACAUAAUGACGUACCAUUAGAGUGCUGGGGGAAAAAGGAGCAGGACGCAUCAGCCGAGCGCGAAAAGUCCAUCGCAACAACAGCAACACCAGCGAGCAGCUGCUGCAAGCAUUGGCUCGAGGAUAUAAAUACCUAUAGCAGCCUAUAGGGUCCUAGACGUCAUCAUGGAGGUGCUGGAUCCGAGCGUAUCUCGGGACGACGCGCCACUGUGUCUCAACGAUGCCCUGCAAAAAGUUAAUCCACCAGGAACUCCGAUAUCGGACAGCCGGUCGUGCAUAAAAUCGCGCCAAAUUUUCGGCUUCCUUGGUUUUCUCGGCUUUGCCUUGGUUUACGCGAUGAGGGUCAACCUAUCGGUGGCCAUAGUAUCGAUGGUCAACCAGACGGCCAUCCCGCACACCGAUAAUCAAAGCGACAUCGACGAGUGCGCCAAAACCACUCCCAUCAACUCAACUUUCGUUCCGAGCGCGGGCGAAUUCGCGUGGGACGAAAAAACGCAGGGUGUCAUCCUCGGGGCAUUUUUCCUCGGCUACGUCAUGACAAACGUACCGGGUGGAAGGGUAGCCGAGAGGAUAGGCGGAAAAAUCGUCUACGGCUUGGGAGUCUUUUUAACGGCCCUCCUGACCGUGGUGAGCCCCUUCGCUGCCUACUGGGGCCUGUACCCGUUCCUGGUGAUUCGCAUCGCCGAAGGUUUUACCGAAGGUGUUACUUUCCCGGCCAUGCACAGUAUGCUGGCCCACUGGGUCCCGCCGCUCGAAAGAAGCAAAUUUGCCGCUCUGGUGUAUGCCGGUGCCAACUUCGGGACCGUCAUCUCUUUGCCGUUGAGCGGCUGGCUGUGCUCGUUGGAACUGUGGGGCGGCUGGCCGCUCUCGUUCUACCUGUUUGGCAGCCUCGGAAUCGUGUGGUACGUGUUUUGGCUGCUCUUUGUAUUCGACACGCCAGCCAAGCACCCGCGCAUCGAUCCCCAGGAGAGAGCGUACAUAGAGUCCCUCGUUGAGACCAAGGAAGGCGGCAACACCGACGUACCGUGGCUGUCGGUGUUCACGUCGCUUCCCAUGUGGGCGAUAGCCGUAACCCAGUGCGGCCAGUCCUGGGCUUUUUACACCCUGUUGACCGAGCUGCCGACCUACAUGGACCGCAUCCUGCACUUUGACGUCCAACAGAACGCCUACCUCUCAGCCCUGCCCUACUUGACCGCGUGGAUCGUAGGACUGGUGAUAUCGAGUUUCGCUGACGCCUUGCUCGCCCGCAAUCUCAUAUCACCCCUGAGGUCGUUCAAGCUGUGGAACACCGUGGCCUCGCUGGGACCGAGUCUGAGCUUCUUGGGAGUCAUCUGGGCCGGCUGCGACCGGUUCACCGUCAUGAUGAUGCUGUCCGGCUUGGGCUCCCUCUACGGCGCCGUAUACGCCGGCAACCAGAUGAACCACAUCACCCUGGCGCCCAGGUACGCCGGCACCCUCUACGGCAUGACCAACGCCGCUGCCAAUGCCUGCGGCUUUCUCGCCCCCUACAUCAUUGGACAGAUCGUCAACGGACACGAGACGCUGGCGCGUUGGCAUUUCGUUUUCCUGUUGGGCGCGGUGAUCAACAUCUGCGCCAAUUGCUUCUACCUGCUGUUCGCCUCGGCGACCGAGCAGCCCUGGAGCAAGGGCGGCAGUUGAUGACUGACGUUGAGAAGGAAAGAGCCGUCCGGCAAUCCGAUGUGCGACGUGCCCUUGGAUCGGCUAGCUCUCAACACUUUUUAGUUAACCAAACUAUUUUUUUUUCUACGCAAUACCACAUAUAUAGUUUAUGAAUAGUUGUUCAUUGCUCCAAAGUCGUAUACGUUUCUGUGAGUUAUCUCCACGUUAGAUACGGUUCCUUUUUUUUCACCAGAUGAGAUAUCGUAGAUUUAUCAGUUCGUUUAUUCCAAAGGAGAAUUGGUGCAAAUUGUAAUUACAUAGUUUAAUUAUACAAAGAAAGGGGUUUGUUUCCCUUUAUGAGAUUGGACAGAGUCCGAUCGGUCAAGUUAAGUAUAUAUACAGAUGUCGAGGUAAAAGGCGGACUCGAGUGCUGACAAUAUUUCGUAUCUAUAUAAAAAAAAUCGCCGCUUCGGCUCUCUGUUUAGCGCGAUCUUGUGAUUACUGUCAUGUCUAAGACCUUUUUUCACUCAAGUAUCCUCUGAGUGCUCAUUUUCUAUUUUUUUUUUUUUCGGGCAAUUUUUAUAUUUGUGAUAUAAAUAAACAUAUUACCGAUCGACGGCUCCUUCGAUGAGUCGCGAAAUAUACUCAUGCUAUGAAUUACUUUUCGUAUCUUGCCUGCAAAAUGUUUACAAUUCGCGUAACGUUUUCCAAUCAAAGACGGUUACGAGUUGAUUUUGCAAAAUACAAAUACUACUAGCACAAGGCGUUUUUUUUUUUCAAGAGAAACGUUAGUUUUUUUUUUCAAUAACUGUCUUUUUGUGCUAAUCAAUCGUGAAAUAGCAUUAAAAUAUUCUUAGAGGAAUUAACACGAUGAUUAAGCUGUGAAUUGAUUUAAUACUUGGUGCAAGAAAUACAAUAAUAUAGCUUUGCACACAUAUGAAUUUGAUAAAAAAAAAAAAUCUUAUUGAAUGUUAUUUUGAAACGUACACAAAGAUCUACUAAUAUAGUAUUCAAGUACAUGUUGAUGUGCAGUAUUAAUAAACUUUAUGCAGUAAAGAUGAACUUUAUAUAAAAAUAGUGAGUCUUGCUGGAACGAGAUUCAAUUAUUUUAAGUAAAAUGUGAAACAAUCGCAACGUUUACAUAUCAGACGAAAUCGAUUAUAUUUUUGGUAACUGAAUUAGAAUUUUGUAUGUAAAUGAAAAUUAAUUGACCCAGUUCUAAGAGAACAAUAUCAAUUACAUAAGUUUCUUUACAGUUUAUCAAAAUAUGAAUAGAAUUGUAUAAAAAUAUUCCAUAUAAUUUUGUAUAGCAUUAUAACACAUUCCUACAAGACCAUUCAAUGAAAUAAUUUUAUUUUAGGUAAUAGCUUAAUAAAUAGUACAAAUUUUAUCAAGAAUUUUUAAUAGUAAUUUUGAACACGCGUGGAUAAGCUCUAAUUGUUGUAAACGUUGUUAUUGACUGUACGAAGACUGAAAGAUUCCGAGAAUGUGUUUCUUUUCAAAGUUCUUCCUUAAUGAUUUAUCAAAUAUAGAAAAAAUAUCUGAAAAAAUCGAAUGCCUUAUAAGUGUGAAUUUAUUUGUCUAAGAUAGAUAAAACAGCUGUUCUUGUGUCUAGAAAAGAUUAUAUGUUUGCCAUGUUACCAAACUAUAUAUACCAGCUGGCUAUUUAUUAAAUAAUAAUGUAUGUAGUGGAA